AUGAGCAAAGUUGCAAAUAGAACAGUUACAUUUAUUAAUAACACCAGCGGGUCCGCAAUCACUUCUGAGGAACUUGACCUAAACACCUGCUUCGGAGACAAUGAGAUAGUGAUCAAGAUCCGCGCAGCUGCCUUGAAUCCAGUCGAUUUGAUUAUACAGAACUUUGCGUUUUCAUGGCUUGUAAACAAGGAACCCAAAACGUAUUCCCGGGACUACAGCGGUGACGUUGUGAAGGUCGGCAAAAAUGUCGAAAACUUCAAGAUAGGGGACAAGGUAUGCGGUUUGUACGCGCAUAUUUUUGGAAGGCAAGGAACUCUAGGCGACUACCUCAUUCUUGACCCUACCAAGAAGUGUGCGAUCGAGCAGAUGCCUCGUUUCGAUGACCCAAAGUAUAGCGACUACGUGCUAAAUGCGGCGUGGCCACUAGUCUUUGGUACAGCGCACAGGGCCCUAUUCGGAUACGGUCAGAAGUUGGGUCCCGAAUCUCAAAUCUUGGUUAUAGGAGCCUCGACUUCAGUGUCUACGGCUCUCGUGCAAAUUGCGAAGAACUAUCUAAGAGUUGGCACCGUCGUGGGGAUUUGUUCCCAAAAGUCGUUUGAAUACAACCGGACGCUGGGAUUCGACCACUUGGUUGCUUACGAUGGCGAUAAAGACGUGGUUUCGCAGGUCACGGAGCUCAUCGAAGGUGAGCUCGAUCACAAGAAGUUCGACCUCGUUUUCGACUCUGUCGGGAAUGACUCGUUCUUCCCCAAACUAGACGACGUUCUCAAAGACAAAAAUGAGAACUCCUACUACAUGACGGUGGUCGGUGAUCGGAAGUUGAACUACACCAACGUCAGCAAGUGGGAGGCCCUUAAACCCAAGCGGGAGAUGCUUAAGCGAUAUGGUCCUUUCCGCAAGUACAACUACGCGACUGUGCUGACACAGGAAAAUGCGGCCUUCGUGAAGCUCGGGUGUGAGCUAAUUUCGCAAAAGAAGUACGCCCCUGUAAUUGAUUCGGUGCACGAAAUUGAAAAUUACACAAACGCUUUUGAAAGACUCCUGUCCAAUCGCGCCAAGGGCAAGGUCGUGGUCGAAAUCAACUAA